AAUGAAACGAAGUAAUAAUAUUUGUAAACGAUGAUACCCUUGAGACUGAAAUGUUUGAGUUUCAUAGUCAAAUAAUUAAAACAUUAAUUGAUAAGUUGCCUGGUAACAAAAAGUUUGGCAUUUAUAGAUUAAUGCCACUGUUUUUUGUAAUGGGAGCUGCCUUAGAAUUUUCUAUGAUUAAGUGGAAACCGCUAGGAGUGAAUUUUUGUAAUUUUUUUGUUUUGUUGUGAAUUGAUGAUUUGUUAAUGGGAAGCGUUAUACUUAUACGCAGUCGACUGCGCAUAACCCUGAGAGUUAUUCCCAGCCGACUGCGUUUAACUCUCAGGGUAGUAGUCUGUAGUCAUGUAGUAGUAGUAUGAUGUCACUAUCACUAUGUUAUAUGUCAUAUGUAAAUGCAUGUCCUUGACUGAAAUGUCACUAAGUAAGAAAUGGCGUCAGCGGGCCGUCGAGCUAAUGAAGCUAAUGCCCUUUUUGCCCCCCCCAAAGCAACCCCCCCCCCCCCAAGCCUGGUAUCGGGCCGUGAAGCGGCACGUAAGAGAUGCCUCUUUGCCAGGACAGCCCCCACCCGAGUCCGCUCUAUCUGGUUCCGCUGGGGGCAGCAUUUAUUUUACAGCUUUUUAACAGUGUGCAGAAGUUCAGUGUGUCACACCCAUGUAUAUAUUAUAAAUUUUAAAUUGUUUUAAAGAUACCCAGUAGAUCCGACACUGUGUUUGCACAGUGUACACGAUCAACUUUCUCAGGAGUGGGAAUGGUAAAUUUACGUCCUAAUAUCUUCCCCCACCCAUCCCGGGGAAGCGUUGGAUGCCUUUUAAGAGAGUUUCUACAGUGGGUUUCCACGGCGCAAGUUAUUUGCAAAGUAGCUGGGACGAAACUGUUGCCUUGGAGCAGCUUCUAAGGGCUGCAUUCACUGCAUAGUAAGAAUCAUCGCCUAGAGCUUACCACCUUCGCCUCUAGCCUCAUAUCCAUUAAUGGCAACUUGUCAUGAUCCCUACCCUGUCUCUGCCCUUACUUCCAAUUGUGAAGCGUCACAGCUGGCAGCCCUUUAGGUGGUGUUUUAUUUACGGAAUGUACCAAGCUCAUCCCUUGUCUGCCCACGCAGGACGCGCCACUGUGGUCUUGUUCCCUGGGUAAUGUCGAGGGGGUCGGUGGCCGUUGCCUCCGAAUCGACAUGUCCUUGACUAAGACACUUACUAAGACUUAGUUACUUAGUACUAAUUGACUUAGUGACUCACUAGCUUAGUGACUGUGUUAAAGUUUUAGUUAGGUUAGUUAACUAUUUUAGUAAAACUAAAACUAGUUCUAAUUACUAUGUUAUGAGUUAUAUUAUAAAUUAUAGGCCUACUUGCCAUUAUUUAAAUCAUGAAUCAUGGCUUUGUCUAAGCUGAGACUUAGAUAGACUAGAUUCCACACCAAUUGCAUGCAUGAGCCUGUGAAUCAUGACUAUGUGUCUAUAUUGUUCCUACUCACAAUAUAGACAGAUAAUAUGAGUAUGAGCUACACUCCCAUGGCUAUACUAUACUCGCUAUACACAUUACACUGACUAUAAUUUCUCACUCAAUCAUCAAAAUAUAUACUCACUGACAAAAUUAGGGUGGCAAACUAAAAAAAAAAUCAAAUUUACUGAAUAAAAUUCUUUAGGUACACAUUUUUUUAGUAAAACAUUUUAAAUUAAACUUUAAACUCACUGAAUCUUUCACUCACUAUCAAUCUUCUACAACCUUACAUUAAUAAUAUUAUUAUUAAUGAAAAUUUUUUAAAAAAAUCAAAAAUCUGUUUGGCACAAAAUGUUAGUUUUUAUGUGUAUCAAAUUUUUAAGGGCCUAUAAUUAAUUAUAUUAUAAGCGCCUAUGUCGCAGUAUGCUGAGUAUGUGUUUUACUUAAAUUAUAUGUUUAUUAUUGUAAUUUUUAUUGCAUUGUCAUCUGUUUUGAAUUUCUCCUGCUUAUCUAUGUAGCAAGAAAUCACAAAAGCUGAGAUUGAGAGUUCCCGUUUUGUUUGACUUUUAAAGUUUUUUGUACAAUUGUCUAAUUUUUUUUUACGAACAUCCCUGUUUUGUUACACAUCAAAAUGCCAAUUAACAGACAAGUAAAUUUAGGUAAAAUUUUGACAGACCAUUGACUAUUUGCAACCCUGCACAAAAUGGACAUUAAUCAUUCAUUCAUUGAAUAUUGAUGAUUCAUUGAUUGACUCAAUCACCACCAUGACAUGAUCCUUAUUUAGUUUUAGGUCCAUCCUGAUAUUUAAAUGUAGGCCUUUGAUAUAACUUAUUUUAAUAUUUAAUUUCUAAAUCUAAGACUCUUUAGUCUCUAUCCUUUACUUAAAGAAUUAUUUCUAUAUUUUAGAUGACGUCUACAUGAAAAAAGAAGCUACUAAACUCGCAGAAGAAGCUCUGGAACUUGAGGGUCAAAACUAAACAAAGUACAAAGCUUUUACUUUUAUAGUAAAAAUUUGAUAUGUACCAUAUUUAUUUGAGAAUAGAUUAAUAAAUUAAAACAGUGUUGCUAGUUACUGAAAUUCAUUUUCUUUUGUUUUUAAGACUUAAAAAUAAUUCAAAUGAAUGCUAAUUCAAUAUCAAAUAAAAUUAAUUCCCCAUUUUUAUAGUGUCUAGUCUUUAAAAGUAAAUCAGUUUAUGAACAGUUUUUUAUAGAAAAGUAAAGGGAACAAAAUUAUAUUUAUAUUAAAAUUAAUUUUUAAUGCUAGUCAAUUUGUUCAAAUUACAUUCUAAUAUCUAAUAAUUCUCUUAAUGAACAUACAACAGAAGUCAUGCCUGCUGGUACCUCUUGGCCACGUUAUUUGUCAGCUUGUGCUGCAGCUUUUCUCUCAAUGGCUGCAGGAGCUCAAGUAGUUCACAUGAUAUAUGUUCCUUUAAAGGUAUCUUAUGCUUUUCUAUAAUUGUCCUUUUUUUUUUAAAUUUUGUUUUUAUUAAAUAAGAAAUUUAUAGAGGUGAUAUAAAGGCUGAUACACUAAUAAUAUGGCCUAUACACAUGAUCAUAACAUUUUCCUAUUCCCUCACAUUGACUUCAGACAGUACCAGGUAUUGUAUUUAUGUAUUUAGGAAUUUUUAUAUAGCGCUUACCUUAAAGCUCUAAGCGCUUUACAAUUAGUAAAAACAUGUAAACUAACUAAAAUAAAAAUGAGACAAUAGGAUAGUAACUACUAUACUAUAGAAACAAUUAAAAUGGCUAUAAAACGAGGACACUUUGGUUUUUUGUACAAUUUCUUAAUGACUUAAUGACCUAUCUUUUUCUUAUCCAAAAUACAACCCUUUUUUUUUUCUUUUCCAUUUCAAAACCAAGCAUUUCAAAAUAUUUUUCAACUAUUUUGUCUCACAGGACUUGGACAGCAGAGUUGAAUUAGAAAAAGAGCGUUUGAGGAAAUUGAGAAACGAAUUUAAUAAUCCUUCAUCUUAGCCCUCUGAAUCCAUUUGACAAAUUUUUUAUUGGAGUAAACUAUGUACAUGAACACUUUUCUGAUGAAUGUUUUGUCCUUUUAAUAGUUUUAAUGAAAGGAAUGAUUAUUAAUUCAUAAUAAAAUUUUCUGUUCCUAAAAUCUUGGACACUUGGAAUUAUAUUUUUUGAGAUAAUUGUUUUUUACCGGUACUGGUUUUAAUAAACAUAAAAAUAGAUUGGUUUAAACUUUAUAACUUUAUGUCCUCUAAUAUUGUUACCUACUUUCAUCCAUGUUUUUUUAGACUUUCAUUCAAUGUAUGAAAGUGGAAAUAGAUAUCCUUGUCACUUUCAUUUUCAUCUGUUGUAAUACAUCAACACUAAGACUUAUUUCAUGAGAAAAAAAAAAGGAUGUCCUUUUAUCCAAGAAAUACUUGAAGAAAGAAUUUAUUAAUUCCAACAUAUUCUUAAUGUGUGUUGUAAUAUGAAUAGUUAUCUUGAUUCAUAAAAGUUACGGUAUUAAAAAAAAAAGAACUGAAAAAGAA